AUGCCGCCUUCUCUAGCGUCGUCUGGGUCCAGCCAGAGCGACAACACAAAGACUUCCCCGAACUCGAUUUCCGGAAAGUCCGACGAGCUCGCCCCGUCCGUGUCGCUCGGCGGUAUUCAGCACCUCGACCGACAAGGCAAGGUGAUAAGCGACCCAGACCGGUCGAACCCAACUCGUCCCCGACUGGAGCGUCCCCUGGACACCAUCCGCGGCUUCGAGGCCGCCAUCAACGCACGACGGCCCCAGCGUAUCGUCCCAGCGUCUCGCAUGAUUUCCGAAAUGAAUGAUAACUGA